CAGCCCCUUUUCUCUCUCUUCAUUUUCACAAAAAAAGACAGAACAGGGGUUGAAACUGAAACAGGGCAAGGUCUCGUAAAAGGAGUGCGGUCUCUAGCGCUCCUUUAUUCUCACGGUUUCCUGUGUAAGGAGGCCAUUUUGUAAGUCAACCUGGAGAAGAGCACAACAAAGUUUGGGCAUUGUUUUUGUUUUCUCUCGCGCGCGCCCACGGCUGGGUUUCACAACCAAGUUUGGACUUUCUCCUCUGCAGAGCAGCGCCUGUGGAUAGAAGACGUGAAGGAGGGGAGCACGUUGGAGGUGUCGUGCUCUCCGUCUCUUGUACCUUGUGAGUGUUUCGCACACAUUGCUCACGCCUGUCAUUCCCCGACAAUAAGAGAAGUCUGGAAACGAGCGGGAGAAAGAGGUGUCAGAGAGGAAGAAAAGUAGCACACUGCUUCCUGGAUAAGGAUUUUCUUCCUUGGUCCACUGGAAGGGGGUGGACGCAGGACUCAGAGGAAGCCGGGUGGUCCGCUCAGUGUGCGUGUAUGUGUGUGUACCCCUCCGUUUGAAUGAGUGUGGCUUUUCCGAGAACGUCAGACUGCACCUGUGUGUGUGUUUGUGUCAAGCAGCAGACCAGAGACAGCGGACUCUAAAUGGCUAACGCUAGCCCUUGUAUGCCCUCGGGGGCAGCGAUAGCCCAGGUCUUCUUCCCCCCAGGUGGCACCUCACCACCGAACUCAGCUAUGAUGCAGCAGGGAACCUCCAUAUCCAUCCCCUCUUUCCCGCACACAGCGGCUUUCCCGUGAUGGACCUGACGGCAGGGCAAGGUGCCGGUGGGGCUUUGAUGCCCACAAUGUCCCAAACUCCAGCAGGGGUGUCAUUCAUCAUCCAGAUUGGUCUGACCAGAGAAUCUGUCCUGAUGCCGCAGGCUGCUGACCUGGCGUAUGUGAAACAAAUGGCCUGCUCUAUAGUUGACACCAAGUUUCCAGAAUGUGGCUUUUAUGGCAUUUAUGACAAGAUAUUGCUGUUCAAGCAUGACACAUCUACCAACAACAUCCUACAACUGGUUAAAGCUGCCAGUGACAUCCAGGAGGGAGAUUUGGUGGAGGUAGUUCUCUCUGCGGCAGCUACAUUUGAAGAUUUUCAGAUUCGGCCCCAUGCCCUCAACGUGCACUCCUACCGGGCCCCGGCUUUCUGCGAUCACUGUGGAGAAAUGCUGUUCGGACUGGUUAGGCAAGGACUAAAGUGUGAUGGAUGUGGACUAAACUACCACAAACGUUGUGCAUUCAGCAUUCCAAACAACUGUAGUGGGGCUCGUAAGAGGCGCCUGUCCACCACCUCCCUGAGCAGCAGCCAGUCCCUGCGCCUCUCCACCACUGAGUCAGUGUACAGUGUUGGGACAGCCUCCACCUGCGCGGAAGACACCAGUCUCAUUCGCUCACACACACAAAUGCCACGGACAGCUAGUGACGCCCGGCGCUUUUACACGGGGCGACCAGUUCAUCUUGACAAGAUGCUGAUGAGCAAGGUGAAGGUGCCCCACACGUUUGCUGUUCACUCAUACACACGACCGACUGUGUGCCAGUACUGCAAGAGGCUUCUUAGAGGACUCUUCAGACAGGGUCUGCAGUGCAAAGACUGUAAGUUCAACUGCCACAAACGGUGUGCAUACAAGGUUCCUAAUGACUGCCUUGGGGAGACCAUUGGAGAAAACAGAAGUAACUGUGACAUGUUGAGUCCCACUGCAGACCCUGAGGUUCCAAUGGACUUCAGUAGUGAGUACGACGCCUCAGACAAGUCUUCAAUAGAUGACUCGGAUGAGGCCUGCAGCAUCCCUGGUUCCUUUUCUCCUGACAACAACCAGGAUGGAGUCAGUGGAGAUCAAAGUGUUUACAUUCCUUUAAUGAGGGUGGUACAGUCUGUGAGACAAACAACCCGUCGAUCCAGUACAGCUAUAAAGGAAGGGUGGAUGGUUCACUACAGCAAUAAAGACACACUGAGAAAGAGGCACUACUGGCGUCUGGACUGUAAGUGCAUCAUCCUUUUCCAGAAUAACACCACCAACAAAUACUACAAGGAGAUCCCUCUUUCUGAGAUCUUGGAGUUGCGUCCCGCUUCUGACUUCAGUCUUGUUCCCCAAGGCACCAAUCCCCACUGCUUUGAGUUUAUCACAGCCACUAUGUGCUACUUUGUAGGAGAAGAUCCCAACACCCUGCCCUCUGUCACCCAAAGCCACCCCCAGGCUGUCCUACAGACACCUCCCUCCCCCAGCCAGGUGGCACCCAAUAGUGGCAUUGGGCGUGAGGUGGCAAAAGCAUGGGAAAGCGCCAUUCGGCAGGCCCUUAUGCCAGUCAUCUUUCAGGAUGCACCACCAGCUGAGGGGAAUACACCUCACAGACAAGCUUCUGUCAGCAUAUCUGUGUCCAACAGUCAAAUCCAAGAGAAUGUGGAUAUUGGCACAGUGUACCAGAUCUUUGCUGAUGAAGUGCUUGGAUCUGGGCAAUUUGGAGUAGUGUAUGGAGGAAAGCACAGGAAGACAGGGAGAGACGUUGCUGUCAAGGUCAUCGACAAGCUUCGCUUUCCCACCAAGCAAGAGAGCCAGCUGAGAAAUGAGGUGGCCAUCCUGCAGAGUUUACGUCACCUGGGCAUUGUGAACCUGGAGUGUAUGUUUGAAACCCCAGAGAAAGUAUUUGUGGUGAUGGAGAAACUACAUGGUGACAUGCUGGAAAUGAUUCUCUCCAGUGAGAAAGGCAGAUUGCCAGAGAGACUCACGAAGUUCCUCAUCACACAGAUUCUCGCAGCCCUGAGACAUCUGCACUUUAAGAACAUCGUUCACUGUGAUCUAAAACCUGAAAAUGUGUUGCUUGCCUCUGCUGAUCCCUUCCCACAGGUGAAGUUGUGUGAUUUUGGCUUUGCCCGUAUCAUUGGUGAGAAGUCUUUCCGUCGCUCGGUGGUUGGCACACCUGCCUAUCUGGCCCCAGAGGUUCUGUUGAACCAGGGCUAUAACCGCUCACUGGACAUGUGGUCAGUCGGCGUCAUUAUGUAUGUCAGCCUCAGUGGGACAUUCCCCUUCAAUGAAGAUGAAGAUAUCAAUGACCAGAUCCAUAACGCAGCCUUUAUGUAUCCUCCUAAUCCCUGGAAGCAGAUCUCCAGUGAUGCUAUCGACCUGAUCAACAACCUGCUGCAAGUUAAGAUGAGGAAACGCUACAGUGUAGAUAAAAGUCUCAGCCACGCAUACUUACAGGACUAUCAGACAUGGCUGGACCUGCGGGAACUGGAGACUAAACUCGGGGAGCGUUAUAUCACCCAUGAGAGUGAUGACAGCCGCUGGCAAAUGUAUGCCCGUGAACAUACUCUGCCAUACCCCGCUCACUUUGUGCCUCUUCCUCUGGCACAGGCUUCUGAUGAUGAGGACGGUGGGGAGGACUCAGAUGUACAAGGUCUCACAGAGAGGGUCAGCAUACUCUGACCACAGAGAGGCAGAGGACUCAAGCUCAUUUAGAAAGGACGAAAGAAGCAGAGAUAAGGAGGCUGUGAUGGUGGCCUUAGAUUCUAAAAAAUCACAGUUGCAAAGAAUCGUGGUUUUAUAUGAAUAGUGUCCAGCUGAUUAGCGCUGUGUGGGAGCACUCAGUUUUACAGUUAUAAAUCCAAUUUCUCUCCUCCAGCCUUUAAAGCAUUGACUCUGCUGUUAUUGGUCCUCUUUCAUCUUUUGAAUUGCUGAAUUCCUUUUAUGAUAAAGACUGCUCAACUCUAUUUCACAUUCUCGGUUCAGCUGUCCUAGGGUGCCUUUCCAGAUAAAAGUGGGGGGGAUGACCCAUAAAUCUGAAUUUGUCAGAGGAAUGAAAAGCAGCAUGUUCGUUCCCUCUCUCACUGUAGCAAAGCAGGAAAUGGCAGUUUAUCACAGGUGUAGAUAAGAGUGAAAGUUUGGCUUUCAAAAAUAUUUUUCUAUACAAGUAGUACUAAAACCUAACUGAAACUUUACAAAAUUAAAAGCAACAUGAUUUUUUAUGUAUUAUGGUAUUAAUGGGACUGACUGGAAUUACAGAAAAUUCAGUUCAGUCUCUUCUCAGUGAUGGACCUCUUUACAGUAACAAAAGACUUCCUCUGUGCUGGUAAUUACUGAAGCGAAUCCGCAGAGAAAAGCCAUCUAUAUUCACAAAUGCAUUCCCAUAAAUUUGUGUUCUGUAGUGAAAACCAAAGGUAUUGAUCUGGCUACAACAAAUCCUCCAGUAAUUACCACAGGUUUUGGGCCACAAUGGAGUUUUAGAAAAUUAUAUGUAAUUAAAGACGCCAUUAUGAGUUUAAUCGAACUCUGGCAUGGGGGCAGUUUGAUACUUGCACUGACUAGACAGUUUUCAGUCAUGUGAGACUUUUCUACCUCCAGCUAACAGGCUACAUAGCAGUAACAACCCUCAGUAGCUAUUGCUGGAAAUUGCUUUUAUUGUGUUCUAGCCUGUUGUUACCCAUCUCUGAGGUCAAGCAGUUCAUGGAAAUGAUCUAUACUGUUAAUGAUGAGCAGAUAAAUGAACACAUCUUUCAGAAAAUGCACAUUUUUCCCUUGUGAUGUAGGCGCUUGGAUGGACAGUGAGGGGGCACUAAACUAGUUUGGAGAGCUUAUUUAGUACAACUAUUGACUACCUUUCAUGUCAGUAUGUUACAUAUUUCUGUGAACUAGAAUUAUCUAGAUUUGUCAUUGAAUAUACUGUAGUUAUGUUGGCCUGUUCUAUGAAUGUGUAACCUGAAGUUUAUAUAGCUGUCAAAUAUGUUUAGACUGUGUAUAACACAUUUGAAGGAUGAUCCUGGCUUUUAGAUAAUACAAACCUCUUACAGCA